ACCCAAAAAGUGUUAAGUAAUCCAUUAUCUAUUUGUUAACAUGCCAUAAUCUGCGGAUAGGGAUCUUGCCACCAUUAUCACAGUUGUCUAAAUAUGCUUCCUUUUGAUUAGUAUAAUCACAACUUCAUAAUGCCAACGUGUGUACACGGAAAGGUUAUAAAUAUUCACUAAAUAUUCAGACGUGGGAGACAAAGCCAAGCUGGAAUUGGCAGAAGCUAUUAAGAGUGCUCGUGCGGUUACGCAUUUUGUAAGAUAAUAAAAGCUUACAUUUAUUGUCUUAUGGACAUAUUUCAGCACCUUCAACGUGAUUAAGAUCUGACUUUUUCAUCAGCAUUGUCUUUUGCUUGUCGUAUGGCACACUAAUCUCAAAGUUCACAGAGCAAAAAUAUUAUAUAACUCCUAGAAGAUAGGCAUGAGACUUGCACGAGUGACAUUGCAUUCAAUAGCAAACAAGCCAGCCUGGAAUAUAUCUCAUUGCAAUGAAACUGAUCUCAAUGCAUUAAGUAACUGGAGAUAUAGUUGGAGGGAGACACUGAGCUUAUAUGGUGGAGAUCUUUAUCUUUACCAUUAUUUGUGUUAGUGAGAAAAAGAUGCCUUAUGCCAUCUUGAAAGGGGAACAUUGUAUUAAUGGUGUUAAUAUUUUAAUCACCAUGAGAUUCCUCUUGCCUAUAUAUAUGUACUGACCUUUGAGGCAAUGCGAAAGCAUAACAAACAUCUUUGGCUCUCUCAAAACUUCUCUUUGAUCAAUAACAAAGAUCUUAAGAUUCAAAACAAUGACAGUUUCUUUCCAUAAUCGCUCUAACAGUUUACCUUCUAGAUCUCACCCACAAGCCGCUCGUGUCGAUGAGCAGUUGGCCUGUUUGAGAUCUUCUGAGGAAGCCUCAACAUCUUCUAUCUGCAAAAGAGUUGACAACCUUCAAGAACUACACGAAUCUCUUGACAAGCUCAUUCGUUUACCCUUUACCCAACAGGCACUAGCACAAGUACAAAACAAGAUAUUCGUCGAGCAGCUUCUUGAUGGAUCUCUCAGGAUCUUGGACUAUUGCAACAUUUCCAAGGAUGUUUUGUCGCAGAUGAAAGAGGGUCUCAUCGAGAUCCAAUCUAUUCUACGAAGAAAGCGAGGUGAUCUAUCAGAAGAGGUCAGGAAAUAUUUAGCCUCAAGAAAGUCCCUCAAGAAGACAUUCCCUAAAAUACAAAAGUCUCUCAAUGUUGUUGCACGUGAAGGAGAGUCUUUGGCUGUCUUUGGAGAAGCAGAGGCUAUCACAGUUUCUAUGUUUGAGUCUCUCUUUAGCUACAUGUUUGGAUCAAAGACUUGUGGAAAAUGGUCAGUCGUCUCAAAGCUAAUGAGCAAGAAGAAAGUUACAGCUGAAGCUCAAGUAAACGAAUUCACUAGGGCUGAUUCUGAAUUUCAGUCUGGAAAGAUCUUGAAGAUAGAAGAUGUUCAGAUCCUAGUGUCAUGUAUUCAAGAUCUUGAAGAUGGAGUUGAAUCUCUUUCAAAGACAUUGGUCAAAUAUAGAGUUUCAAUUCUUAACACAUUAGGCCACUAAAGACUACAAUUUUGUACGUAAGAGAAGAUAAUAGAAACUUAUUCAAGUCUCAGGACAUAUUAUUUAUUUGAUCUCGGACUGUUUAACCAAUCAAAGAACAAGAUCAUUCUAAAAACAAGUUCUCAGGCAUUAGCUUUUAAAAAAAAAAAAAAAAAAAAUUAAAAAGCAAACCAAUCGCG